UGCCGCUGUUUGAAUCCGCCCUAGAAGAAAGGACUGUCCCAGCCAUUUGGCGCAGUUUCGGAGGGCGCCUGCAAACGGCGGCGCUGCCGAUCUCGACGACCUAGUAAGAUUUUUUUUUAAAAAGCGACAUUUCCCACCCUGGGUUUAAAAGUAAGGGGACGCUGCUCACUCUACUCUGACUUUAAAUAACUUAAGAGGGACCAUUAACUUCACCAACAACUAUGAUCGGCGGAGGCGUUUCGUCGUCCUCCCCGCCGAUCGAACCUUUGCCUGCGAAACGGAACCAAACAGCAUGAGAAAAGCUGCAAGGGUGUCAAGGGCAGAGCCUCGUCUUAGCAGCCGGGCCCUCUAAUGUCUUGGCAGCCCGGUCCAGAGAGAUAGUGGUUCCUGACCAGGAAGCAGGGCCCAUUCAGUCACUGCUAUGAAGUGCACAGGACCUUCAGAGAGCCACAAACUUGCCUUGGCACUAGAGUAUGCUCUAGCAAGAGAGGCAAAGGUUUGGAAGGUGCCAGUCUUCCAUGAUUUUACAUUGAAGGGCACGGAUAUCUCUCCAUUUUAUUAUGAGAAAGCAAUUUUGUGGAUUCGAGAAUUAAGUUCACUGUUUCAGUUUUGCUCUGAAACAUUUGCUCUGGCUAUCAACUUUUUGAACCGUUUGUUGGCAUCAGUGAAGGCACAGUCAAAAUACCUCCGAUGCAUUGCCAUAGCCUGCCUGGUUCUUGCAGCAAAGAUCAAUGAAGAAGACGAGAUAAUACCAUCAGUAAAGAAGCUUGCGGUGCAGAGUGGUUGUAAAUGCUCUCCAGCUGAGAUUGUGAGAAUGGAAAGAAUUAUACUCGAUAAACUUCACUGGGAUCUUUACACAGCAACAUCAAUGGAUUUCUUAAACAUUUUCCAUGCCAUGGUGAUGUCCAAAUGGCCCCAUCUACUAAAUGGGGUGCCUCAGAGGAAUCCUUCCCGCCAUGUCGCAUUCUUGACCAAACAGCUACAGCACUGUAUGGCAGGCCACCAAGUAUUGCAGUUUAAGGGCUCCACAUUGGCUUUGGUGAUCAUCACCUUAGAGUUGGAGAGGGUGACUCCUGACUGGUUUUCUGUCAUUACUGAUCUGCUAAAAAAAGCACAGAUUGACAGUACCCAAUUCAUCCACUGUAAAGAGCUUGUUGAUCAGCAUCUCCUGGGCUUCCAACCAUCCAAUGCUGUCUAUAUUUUCAACCCUGCAAACCAAAACAUCCGAACUCACCUGGACAAAAGGUUACCCUGCUUUUAUUCCAUAGCGAAGAAAAGAAUUGAAAUUAACUCAGGAGCCAGAGGCAGUGGGCCAGGCCCAUCAGCUUUCACACUUCUCAGAGCAAAACCCCAUGAAGAUGACAUGCAGUGUGAUGAAUUCUAUGAUGGAUUCAAAUGUCUGUACAAUGAAGACAGAAUCCCAGAAGCUGGACAGACCAUCAGUAUGGGUGGCAGUGACAGUGAGAGGCAAGAGGAAAAUAACAGCACUUGUCCACCAUUGCAGCCUGCUCCUCAGAUUGAUUAAGGACAUCUGUGUUCUGCCAAAGGACCAGAUGGUUCCAAUGGCUGUUUCUGGUAUUUCAAAAGUUUGUAGAGCUGUCAAUAAGAAACACUGCCUAUUUUUAAAGCCUUUAACUUUCCACCUUUUAAAAUUCUCUUUGCAAAACUGCAUGCCUUUUUUGUUUUGAUACGGCUACCGUAUAAAGCUAAGAGAGACUGAAAGCAAAAAAAAAUCCCUGAACUACAAGCAGCUGAGAAAACCUCAGGGAUCAACAUUCAGCAGCAUACAUAGUUCCUUCUGUUUUUAUCCUUAGGACAAGUCUGUGAGGUAGCGUAGGUUAGGCUGAGAGAUGGUUACUGGCCAAGAUCACUCAGAACCUUUUGAGGCUGAGGGGGGAAUUUGAACAGUUGAUGAAAUAUCAGAAGUAAAGAGGGCUAAGCAAGAUUUCCAUGAUCCAGAGUAGGGCUUCAGUUCCUUGGAUAGCUUGGGUUGCAUUCAGCUAAGGCCUACUGAGAGCAAACCCAUUUAAAUUAAUGAACUUAAGUUAGUCAUGUGCAUUGACUUCAAUGGGUCUACUCUGAAGUUGGAGUAGCAUUGAAGUCUGCCCUAUAUUGUCCUCCCAGUGACCAGCAAAAGCAGAAUAAGUUGUGUGAAAUGAGCAAAGAUCAUGCUUAAUUCUCAUGAGUCACACAGACCACAGAAUUUAGCUUUUCUUGAGCAUGUUAUUUUGAUGUUGAAAAAGCAUACACAGCUUUGGCUAUGAAACCCUUGGUUAAGCAGGUAGAAUAUGCCAUUGUAGGAGAUACAGUGCUAAGCUGAGCACAGAUACAGACUAUGGCUCUCUAAUGCUGAAGGGCGGAGUACAGCAAAAAUAGUUCAGCUAUGACUGGAUAUUACAAGGAAACUAGAUCAAUGUCAACUUGGCAGUUGUAAUCUCCAGCAAGCAGCUGAGAAGACAGAUAGGGGAGUAGGUACAGAUACUUAUUGCAGCGCCAUUGUUGCAGGAUAAGCAGAUUCUCUCCCUGCUCCCACUUUGCACAGCAGUCAAUAAAAUAACUACACAGCAGGAUUCCCAUACAUUGUCAAUGCUACAGAACGGAUGUAUUUAUCACAAGAUACAAAUGCAAUGUAUGUUUAUGCCAAUUGGUCUUACCAGUCUUAUCAUGUUGAAAAAUGAUGUCUCGAGUGAAAUGCAUUGAUACAGACAUACCUUUAAAUGUUUUAGCCCAAAAUCCUUAACACCAUUUCUUCUACCAUAACCACAUUGGGACUACCAUAAAAAGAAAUGGCUUGAGGAUUGGAGAUGGCCCCAAACACACACUUCUAUUACCCAGGGCACACAAUCCAAAUGAUAUCCCCACACACAUAGUAAAAAAAUAGUAAUAACCUCAAUUGUUUGUUCUCUGCCAAUGGGCCCCAAACCUCUGCCUCCAGAGGUGGGCUGCUCCCCCUGCCUAAUGUCAGGGACAGCAGGAUCAAUAGUGCAAUGUUUACAUAAAAUAGUAUCUUUUUUUAAAAAUCUGCACAAUGUCAUACCAAUGUGAAUAAUGGAUCUUUAACAUGACUACUGGAGCAUGGUGGCCAUAGAAAACCAUAGGCGAUGCUCUGAUUCCCAACCUAUGGCCAGAUGGAUGUGGCUACACCACUGCAAAUGCUCAAUCUGCUGUGUCACUUCGCAUGUGUUUGCAACACAGUGCAUGCGCCCAUUCAUCUUGCUCACAUGGCAGUCUUGGGAACUUUUCCCGCAGUAACCACAUGCCCUGAUGGUUGCGUGACGAGGCCCUGAAGCAUGCACCAGGUGCACAUUGCAGCAAGUAUUGGAAUAUAAUAGGAAGCAGCAAUGCGACAGCUACCAAAAAACACUGUGAACGUUAUCCUUGGUGCUAAAGAACUCAAACACAGUGCCUUGCCAGCAUAGCAACAUGAGAGCACUGCUGAUACAUGGUAAAUAAGCUAGGAACCUAGGGAUUUAAAUUAUGCAGUAUACUAGGCUGCAAAAUCUGUUUGAACUUCUCUACAUAUCUAGAAGACUAGUUAUUCAGGGAAAGCUUGGAACAAAAGCUCCUCACCUUGUUUUUCAGUUAUGGGACCAAAACCACUGUCCUUUUCUUUGAUCACAAACUGUGACUUUUUACUGUUUGUACUUUUAAUAUAGGAAGGUGUUUUUGUAGUAGUGUGGGUGGUUACACCCCCUUUUUGUUAUAUAAAAAUCUAUUUGAAAUCUUA